CGGGCCGAGCAGCGCGGCGGGCGGGAGCGGGCGGGGGCGGCGGCGGCGGCCGGGAGCGGAGGAGGCGGAGCGGGAGCCGGCAGCCGGCGGGCCGCGCUCCUCCUGCCAGCCGGCCCGGGAUUUUCCAGGCUGGGCGCUGACGUCGCGGAUCUCCCCCCAGGCCGCCGCGGACCAUGGGCGACAAAGGGACACGGGUGUUCAAGAAGGCCAGCCCCAAUGGAAAGCUCACCGUCUACCUGGGGAAGAGGGACUUUGUGGACCACAUCGACCUCGUGGACCCUGUGGAUGGGGUGGUGCUGGUGGAUCCCGAGUACCUCAAGGAGAGGAGAGUCUACGUGACGCUGACCUGUGCCUUCCGCUAUGGCCGGGAGGACCUGGAUGUCCUGGGCCUGACCUUCCGCAAGGACCUGUUUGUGGCCAAUGUGCAGUCCUUCCCGCCAGCCCCCGAGGACAGGAAGCCCCUGACGCGGCUGCAGGAGCGCCUCAUCAAGAAGCUGGGCGAGCACGCCUACCCCUUCACCUUCGAGAUCCCCCCGAACCUGCCCUGCUCCGUGACGCUGCAGCCGGGGCCCGAGGACACGGGGAAGGCCUGUGGCGUGGACUAUGAAGUCAAAGCUUUCUGCGCGGAGAACCUGGACGAGAAGAUCCACAAGCGGGGCUUAUUGGGUGACAGACACUGUUCGAAGUGCUGGACAUGUGUGAGCUUAUUUAACCCUUACAGCAAGCCUGAAAGGAACUCCGUGCGGCUGGUCAUCCGGAAGGUUCAGUACGCGCCCGAGAGUCCUGGGCCGCAGCCCACGGCCGAGACCACCAGGCAGUUCCUCAUGUCCGACAAGCCCUUGCACCUGGAGGCAUCCCUGGACAAGGAGAUCUACUACCACGGGGAGCCCAUCUGCGUCAAUGUGCACGUCACCAACAACACCAACAAGACCGUGAGGAAGAUGAAGAUCUCGGUGCGCCAGCACGCGGACAUCUGCCUCUUCAACACUGCCCAGUACAAGUGCCCCGUGGCCCUGGAGGAGGCCGAUGACACCGUGGCCCCCAGCUCGACAUUCUGCAAGGUCUACACGCUCACCCCCUUCCUGGCCAACAACCGCGAGAAGCGCGGCCUCGCCCUGGACGGGAAGCUCAAGCAUGAGGACACGAACUUGGCUUCCAGCACCUUGCUGCGGGAAGGAGCCAGCCGGGAGGUCCUGGGCAUCAUCGUGUCCUACAAAGUCAAAGUGAAGCUGGUAGUAUCCCGGGGCGGCCUAUUGAGAGAUCUGGCAUCCAGUGACGUGGCUGUUGAGUUGCCCUUCACCUUAAUGCACCCCAAGCCCCGAGAGGAGCCCCCACACCGGGAAGUUCCAGAAAGCGAGACGCCGGUGGACACCAAUCUCAUAGAACUGGACACGAACGACGACGACAUAGUGUUUGAGGACUUUGCCCGCCAGAGACUGAAAGGCAUGAAGGACGACAAGGAGGAGGAGGACGAUGGCACCGGCUCCCCGCAGCUCAACCACAGAUAGGCUGGGGAUGCCCGCCCCCACGGCUCCCACACCCCUGCACUCGGAAGCUUCCUGUCUCCUUCCCCUUCCGGUUCCAGCCCCACCCCUUUGUUCUUCUGGUUUCCACCAGGGGACCCCAGUGGUCUUCCAGGCCCACCGUGGUGAACCUCUCCCCUCAGGGCCAGCCCGACCCCCUCCUGUUGCACUCACUCUCCACCAUCCUGCUUUCCCGCCUCCCCCAGGAAGGCCCCUUGCCUCAAGCCUCGGGACUCGGGACUCGCUUUGGGAUGGGGAGCAGGCAGGGCCAAGGGGUUGGCCCCAGGAGGGGGGACCCACCUGUCCCGGCUCCCCGGGGGCCCCGCCUGGCCGGGAGAGGCAGAGUGGGGAGUUCUCCCUGCCUUCCCGUGGGGCCCACUCCUGCCUCUGCUCUCCCACCCCGUCCCUGCUGGGUCCCUCCACGUCUGCCAGUGACAGAGGUGACGGUUCGCAGACUCAGGUGUGGGGAAGGGUGGCGGGCCCGACCUGCUUCCCGGCAGGAGCAGCCGAGGCAAGGGGGUGACGGAGCGUCUAUUUCAGAACUGCCGGAUGUGACGCCCUGGGUUUGAGCCCAGCUAUAAAUGUGCGCGGAGAAGGGGUGGUGGAGUCUCGGCGGCUGCCCAGCACGCUGCCUUGUCCGUGCAGAAGGGGCAUCGUGGGGGCCAGGAACGGGUGCCCGGGGGCGUCUGAUGUGUUAUGGUUGCCACACUGGCUGGCGUGGGUGCAGCGUGGCACGUUUCCUGGACAGCAGGGCAGGAGAUGAUGAGGUCGAAUGUUACACAGUUCUUGUCUGACUUUGAGGCUGAUUUCCUUGUGACCUUGUGACCUUGAGCAGGUCCUUGCCCUCUCUGGGCGUCUGUUCUUCACUCUGAAAACCAAAGGGUUUGAGACGCCUACAGAGGCCCUUCCAGACCUGGCUUUCCAGAAUGGGGGAAUGUUAGUGCUCAGGUCUAGGUGCGUCGGGCCUCUGGGUUUGCUUGACCCUAGUGGUGGCAGAGCCUUGGAGAGUCCCUGAUCUCUGUCUGGGGGGUGGGGGUGGGGGCUGAUCUCCUCAUGACAGCUGCCACCAGUAUGCUGGAGCACAGAACUUAUAUUUACUCAGUGGGCGGUGGGCUUGUGGUAAGGCCCCAGAACCUUCCAGACUCCCAUUGCCAACCCCCCCCCCCGGUUCACCUAAUGCCAAGCAAAAGCAUCGCACCCAGGGUGUCUCUGCCCGGUCCCCCUCCAGCUCUGCCCCGUACAGCUUUGCCUGCCAGGGGAAAGAGCCAAGCCACCCAAGGUGGAGGGCCCCUCGCCAGCCACCCUCCCCGAGUGGGAGGGACUGCGCAGCUCUUUCCCUGGUGACAGUCCCCAUGUCCUGGGCCUGGUGCUCCCCAGUCCUGCCCUUCUGAACCCCAUGCAACCCUCUGCCCCAAAGACCCCAGCUCCAGGUCAGAACCGUAUCCUGGCCGUGGGGGUCGCCAGCAACCAGUCCCAGCAGUGGCCCGUGCUGGAAGCCUGCAUGCCUGCCUCCUGCUCGCCUCCUCCAGGACCGCGGGGGUGGGUGUCAAUCGGGCCUCUCACCCCAAGUGCCCAGUGCCCAGGCAGGAGUUGCCAGGAGGAUAUCCAGAGCCUUCUCACCUCCAGCCCCCACACACCCUUUGGGGCUCACCAGGUGCUGGAUGGACCUUCCCAGCUCCCGGGGGCACCGCACCCGGCCCCACACCCACUGUACAUGCUUUCUCGCCCCUGGCCGCCCCAUCUUUAUUUCGGGCCGAGCCCGGGAGAGGCAGAGCGGGAAGUUGAGGGCCAGGGAGAUCUUGGGGGGAAGGGGCAUCUGCAGUCAGUGCCCCAUGUGGUGCCCAGUGCCUCCAUGUGAUCAGAAGGGGUGUUCCUUAGGGGAGUCAGCCCAGCUGAGAGUGGGGGAGGAGGCACCCCUGAGCCAGGUACUUCCCUGCUCAGCGGCCAGCAGCACUAGAGGGAGGCCCAGACCAUCCUCCCAAGAUUCUGGGUAGUUCCUCCUUGGGGCCACCCCCCCCCAAAUGACCAAGCCUUCAGUGACAAGCGGAGGCAGGUGAGACCUUGGCACAAGGUGAUGGGUGGGGAGCCCCACUGGGACCCCAAUGAUGGCAUCGGGGUGCAACAGUAUUUGGGGGCUGGCGUACCACAUGGCUGCCCAUGAGACCAGUGACCACCACUGUCUGGGCUGGAACAGGGCACAGCCCCAACACAAGGACAGAGCCUGCCUGCCUUCCUCUGCCCCACAAAGGCAGGGCCGAGUUCCUUGCCUGCCUGCGUGCAGAUGGGAGCCUGUGGCCCCCCAAGGUGCUGGCUCAGCUGGGGAUGCGGCUGUUGCAGACAGGCCGUUCCCCUUCCCCCUUGUGCUAAGGGAACAUUGGUGGCCUGGAAGCUUCGGCUGCCACUAAGCCACCAAGAAUUUGCCUUGCAUAAGCCACUCGACUUUUGGCCUCAGUUUCCCUAAUGGGCCAGUUAUCCCUCUUCCACCUGGCUCCGAAUCAGCGAGGCUGAAGGUCAGCAUGAAGCCAGCAGACAUACUCGCCCCAUGGGUGCCUGCUGUGCUUGGGCGGGCCCGGUCACUCGUGCCGACUCCCCCCCUCUCCAGCUCCUGUGCCCCUGUCGCCUUGGUGAUGGGGCCCAGAGGCUGGCACUGGCCGCCCAGCUGGGAGGGAAAUUGAGGCCCUUCGGGAGUGCCAAGCCCAGGGCCAGAGGCACCAGCCUGUGGGCUGACAGGAGCACACGGGCAGCCUCCAACCUCAGCCCCCACAGAGGCCGGGAACUGUGGCUCUGAGCCCCCCGGUGCUGGCCCCAGGCCGAGGCGGGAGAGAGCAAGCUGGCUUCCCCCUUCACGCACUGGGCCCCUCCAGGAACACAGGAACCACGUCCGCUGCAGCUCUCACGGGGAAGCAGAGACCCACUUCGCCCUGGGCAAGGGCUCUAGCCCAUCCCGUGACCUCCGCGCUGAUUGGACACGGCCCCCCUCCCUUCGCAGUCUGCCUACCCAGGCAGGUGGUAGACCCCCAGGCUUGAACUUUUACGGGGCCUCCCAAACCCAUUGGUCUUCUGGUGAUUUUCUAUUUAAAGUGAACAAGGACCAAAACACUCUCCUGUGACGUUGGCGUCCUGGCGCCGCAGCUGCUCCCUGCUUCUCUGCCAGGACCCAGCGGCCGGCCAGGGGCAGCCCCUCCCUCCCCCUGCGUGGGGCUCAUCCUCCCAUCACACUCCCAGCUCUAAAGCCCGAAAGGGAAGUCAAAGCACAGGUCCCCAGGACCCUACGAUCUGUCGACACUCUGACCCGGGGUCUCCAGACACCCAGCGGAGACCCCGGUGACCCGCAGAACCUGUGGGGCUGCCUGGUGGGAAGGGGGGGUGGCGGCAGACCCCCGUCCCCACCCACUGGAACAGCUCUGCUCUCACCGUCUUGCUGCGAGUGGGGUCUCACCUUCACUUUCUUUUGAAGAAAAACUCCAAACUUGCAUUCUGAGGUUUGGAUUUAGACCAGCAAGGACAGGCUCUAGUCUUGCUUUCAUGUCGGAAUGGCUCCAGCAUUCCAGUACACAGGAUCUUUGUGUUGGCAUCUGGGUCGCAGACCCAGGCACAAGCAUUUGCUUACAUACCUGAAACGUACCUGCACACAUGUGCUCACUCACACACACACUCACGCGCACACACACACGAUGGCUUCGCAGUCUGCCUACCUGAAGCUCUGGCCUGCGUUGGGUCUGUGCGGGGGCCCCCCGGUGCUCAGAGAGGGGGUCUUGACUGUGACAUGGGCCCAGGCAGCAUAAGGGGGCACGGGGAGGAGCACAUGGAACAGGAUGAGGCCCAGUACACAGCCAGGACUCCUGUGCAUUGCACGAGGGCACCCCACUUCCCCACCCUGGCCCAGGGGGUGGGGUGAGGGGAGAGGAGAAGAGGGGCUUGGCGUGAUGGAAGCAAUGCUGCCAGCUUGGCCACCAGAGACAGCACUGCAGGGGCCGAGUCCACUGCAGACUUGCUGGUGGCCAGGCCGCUGGGACGCAUCCCUGUAUCCGUGGGUACCGGCUGCCUGGGAGAGGCUGGGCUCCGAAUUCCCUCCCUGCCAGCCUGUUCCCCCCCCCCCUCCCGCCUGAGGCCUGCGUCUGAGUCCUUGGUGCCCAGCUGGGCCCUCCUCGGUGCAAAUGUGAGGUUUGGGCUCAGCGCACCCCUUGGCAGUCUCGGCCUCCCUCCGCGUGUGCCCUGGGGAACCCAAUGGCCCUGCUUCCCCCACGGGUCUGAUCAGGCCAGUGCCAGGCUCUGCCCCUCACAGAGAUGGCGACGGGAGAGGGGCGGGCGGGGGGAGCCUGACAGAUGCGGGGCCCGGGGUGCACAGUGCAGGGUUCCCGGGCUGCCCGCACAUGGGAGCUGUGGCCUCUGAGGGCCAGUGGGUCCAGCCCCGGGCUGGGCAGUGACUGCCGGGACGGGUCUCCGGGCUGGGGUCGUUCUGUUCAAUGGUGAUUGUGUGACACCCUCUUUCCUGGGCCAGGUGUAUCUGUCGUACCUGUGGCGUUCCUUAUUAUGUCAGAUAAGUUAUUCCACUUUAUUCAGCUCUAACAGGACAAACGAACAAAGGAACCUUAACUAGAAGACCAUUAAAGGUCUUUCAUGACA